GACAGCCAGGACCAAGCGAACCCACAUAGAAAGCUAUAAUUGACAGGUUAUUCUAGUGAUCUGAAAUUUAACUCUUUGACAUGACAAACCCCUUUUAUAAGCUCUUAAACAAUGUGUAAUGGUCCCUCACAACAUGUAAACGAAAAUCGAAUCCACAACCUGCAACAAGAUCAAACCCACAACCAAUAUUACCUAAAAUGACAGCCAAACCAAAUGAACCCACAUGGAAAGCUACUAUAUCAAACUUUUUAUAGAGGCAUUCCUUUCUUAUCUUCUGUAGUGUGAAUCAUUACUUCGCAUCCAAAGCUGCCAGUGAUUCUUUUCUUGUCUACAAUGUCUCCUGCUUGUGGUAGUUGUGAUGUCUGGAGAAAUUCUGUGAGACCUCUGAUUUUGUUUCUUCUUGUCUUUGUGGAAUUGUAUGAUGCAAGGCCUCCAGAGGUGAGGAUUGGGGGAGUCUUUGAUUUGGGAAGCUAUCAAGGUAAACAAUCAAAUGCAGCCAUACAAUUGGCCAUUCAAGAUGUCAAUAACAAUCCCAAUAUUCUUAAUGAGACCAUUCUUGAGAUUCAGACUACAAAGAUAGGAAGCUCUGCUCUCAUAGAUGCCGAAAAUGUCCUGAAAUUGUUCAGAGCAAACGUUGUAUCUGUUGUCGCACCCAUGACAGCGCAAGUCUCCAACUUUGUUUCUGUCCUAGCUGAUUCUGCACAAGUACCACUCAUUACAUUUGCUGGCAAUGAUCCCUCCAUGUCCCUAAAACAAUCUGCAUAUUCAAUUCAGAUGAUUGGGAGGGAUGUACUACAAAUGAAGGCAAUAGCUGUCUUACUGAACAAGUUUCACUGGAGAGAAAUAGUGGUCAUAUAUCAGGAAGAUGAAUUGGGUCUCAGCGGGAUUCUAGCCUUAAAGAAUGCACUACAAGAAACCUCUGCGAGAAUAGUACAAAAGUUUGGAGUAUCUGAGGAGUCUUUCAGUAACUCUUCUUGGAAACAUAUUCGGAAGACACUGAAGGAAAACAAGAUUAGGAGUCGAGCUUUUGUUAUACAUACUAGUUAUGGAUUGGCCCAGAAAAUCUUUUUGGAGGCAAAAACUUCAGGCAUUAUGGAGAAGCGGGGAUGGGCUUGGAUUGUUACAGAGUGGGUAGCGAAUUAUUUGGAUGUUCCAGAUGAUACGACUAUGGAUUCAAUGCAAGGAAUAAUUGGGGUUCGCACAAAAGCUAGGCAAACUCCACAGUACAAGAAUAUCAGCAAGAGAUGUAAUCAUGAAUUCAUGAGGUUGUAUCCAAAUGUAACUCACUCUGAAGACAUUGGCAUAGUUGGAGCCUAUGCUUAUGAUUCUAUCUGGGUAAUAGCUAAAGCUAUUGAUACUAUGUUCAGAGUCAACAAACUUACUGAAUUGGAAUUUAAGUCUUCAGAGAAAUUUUCGACAGAUGUGCAUGUCUUUCAGGGAGGGAAUGCUCUGCUUCAGAAAGUAGCUCAGAGCAAUUUCGAAGGAAUUGGUGGUAAUAUAAAAUUCAGCAAAAAUAGGCUUCUUGAAGUCGAAUCAUAUGACAUUGUUAAUGUAGUCAACAGGGAGAUCAGAGUUGUAGGAUCGUGGGCAAAGAAAGAAUUCAAAUUGAAAGAUAAUAUAGAGUGGCCAAAUGGAUCUCCAAAACCGCCUUCUGGCUACAGAAAGUUUAUAGUAGGAGUCCCCCCACAUGUUGUGUUUCCUGGAUUUGUGAACAUCACAAACAAUAACACAGAAUUUGAGGGGUUCUGCAUAGAUGUAUUUAAGAGUGCUGUGGAGAUGCUUGAUUAUCCUUUUCACUAUGAAUUUAAAGUGUCGGAUAAUGGCACCGAAUGUCCAGAUUAUAGCAAGCUUGUAGACCAAGUAGUGAGUAAGAAAUUUGAUAUAAUUGUAGCUGAUAUCACAAUACUCGCAAAACGCUCUGCAAAGGUUGAUUUUACACAGCCAUAUACUGAUACAGGGCUGGUUAUCAUGGUGCGUACUAAGAAAAAACAGUAUUCUGGCUGGGCUUUUCUACAUCCUUUUACAAUACCCAUGUGGAUUACUGCAGCAGUAUUUGUUCUUCUCACUGCAUUUCUUGUUUGGCUAUUGGAACGAGAUGAGAACGACGCUUUCACAGGACAGCCUACCAAGCAAAUGCAAAUUUCCCUCUGGUAACUGCUUUUCUAAUACUUUAAGCUUUCUUUUUUUCUCUAUUGUAAUGUUGAUAGAUUAAAAGCCAAGGAAAAACAACAUACAAAAAGAGUAGCUAAAAUUGCGUGAACUGUCAAGUAUAAGGAAUUCAUAAUGGUUUUUCUGAUGACAAGAAAAUCACUGUAAAAUACCGAGGUCUUCAUGAUCAUUA